AAAAGAUACUCUCUUUUUUCGCAAUGCAAAUAUGCUUGAUGGUGAGAAUUGUAGUUGAUACAAUUCAUAUGCGUUAUUUCAUCCUAAUAUUUACAUACACGAAUGUAUGAUUUUUAAAUAACAUUGAUACUAUUUACGAUCAAUCUAAGGAAAUUAUAUAGAAAACUGAAUAAUCGAAGAUGAACAACAUUAGAGUAAUAACGUUCAAGCUGUUGAGGACAUAUGUAACUAAAUCCAGACAUGCAGUGGCUGGAGUGCGAGGAAAAAUACAUCUAACGAAGACAGAAAAUGAUAAAGGAUUUGAAGAUGAUGUUGAAGAGUUUGAUCAAGAUGAUGUAGGGGUGUAUGACACUGAUCUGGGAGACAUUAUGGAUUCUUAUGCAGAUCACAAUAGACAGACUGAGAAGGAUCGUGAACUGUUGAAGCGUCGCAUUGUUAGAAGUAAAUACUUCAAAGAGGUGGAACCAAAUUUUCUUACGUACGUCGAAAAGAAUCAGAUAAAAAAACUACAUAGAGAAGAUCCCAAUGAGUGGACACCCGAAAGACUCAGUGAAAGUUUUCCAGCUUUACCUCACACCAUAAGAAAGAUUUUGAAAGCUGAAUGGGAACCAAAAUCAGUGGAGAGGAUACUUGCAUACGACAAUAAAGUAGUUAAAAAUUGGAAACAACUUAAAACUGGUCAGUUACCAGUGAACCCAAUCUUAGAGGAGCACUUAAUGAAGUUCAAAGACAGGAAAAUUAUUUUAUCCAAUAGGAAGACUUUGGCUGAAAAAUAUAUGUUACCAAAGAUAGAAUUUCCAAAGCCUAAAAGUUCAUUCUUUCGUAGUAUUAUAGCAGAUUCUGUUGGUAAGAAAUCUAUGGAAAAUAAGAUAUCAAUUUCCUCACAGGAUAAUACUAGCACGGGUGAAAAGAAAUCAGAAGCAACAGGAAAGAAAAACAUGAGAUUAGUUAACAAAACGAGCAAUGAUACAGCAAAUGGAGACAAACACAGUGAAAGAUACAAAGUACAAAAUACGAAAGACAAGCUAAUUACUUUACAGAAUGAUAAGAGCAGAACCAAUAGAAAGUCCAACACGUCGGAGAAGAAAGAAAGAUUAGUAUUUGAAUCAGACAAUGACUUUGUAAAUAGAGAAGUGCAUGAAACAAAAAGGUAUAGCAUGGAAGGGGAUACAUUAAUUUUUGAAGAAUUCUUGAAGAAGAAAUUGAAUAAUUCAGAGGAGAUACCUUAUGAAGAGAAAGUAACUUUGGUGAAUACCUAUAAAAAAUAUAUAGAAACUAAGAAUUUGGAGAAUCUGCGUAAUGUAUCGCACAAUACUGUGAAAGAUACUGACAAUGAACAAAAGAGUGUUAGCAGUACAAAAAAUCCACGUGAUGAUAGUAUAGUAAAUGUUACAGCAGACGAAAGUGAAUCAGUAAUAACCAGACCAGAAAAUGAGAAUGUAAGCUUGGAUACUCAUGUAAAAGAACGAAAUUCAUACAUGGAUGCAGAUUUCAAUUACACAAAGCAUAUAAAAAUUCCUAAAAACGUGUAUAAAAAGGGCAUGACAUACAGGGUAAGAGAUUGUUAUUACGACUAUGACGGAGAAUUCCUGUACAGAGUACCAGGACUGAAAACUUAAAACGAACCUGCAGAAUGAACAUCAGAAGAUUGUGUAAUAAUUCUGUAUAUUUAUAGUUUCACAUUGCACCUAGCAUUUAUUGUAAAUUCCAUUGAUAAAUAGAGAUAUUUAAGAAUUGUAUACAUUCGUAAAAAUAAUCGAAUAAAGAUAUUAUAAUUGUAUAAAUAUA